AUGGCCUCGCCGUUCUCCAUCCCUCCCCAGUCUCGCCGGAUCGACCCUACUGCUUCAUUCAAACCCGAUGGCUCGCACAACGACAACGACCGCGCGGAAAUAGGACCGACCCCCCUGGCCUUUGCAGAGUGGGAGCGUCUGGGCCUGCAGCCGCCGCAUCUGCCGACGAUGCGUGCGUAUCGCCUGCAGCGCAUUUGCGACCAACUGAGUGCUCGCAACCUGGGCGGGAUCCUGCUGUUUGAUCCUCUGAAUAUCCGAUAUGCCACCGACAGCACCAACAUGCAGCUGUGGACUGCCCACAAUCCUGCCCGCGCCUGCUUCGUCGCGGCCAGUGGCUACCUGGUGCUGUGGGAUUUCCAUGGAUGCGACCAUCUCUCUGCGCACCUGCCCCUGAUCAACGAAAGACGCCAUGGCGCCUCGUUCUUCUACUUUGAAACCGGCAACCGGACCGAGGAAUAUGCCACGCGUUUCGCUAUCCAAGUCGAUGAACUGCUGCGAAUGCAUGCCGGCAAUAACCGCCGGCUGGGUGUGGAUCGCAUAGAAGUCGCCGGGCUGCGCGCCCUCGAAGCGCUGGGGGUGGACGUCUGUGACGGGCAGGCUGUCACCGAGCACGCGAGGAUGAUCAAGGGCCCCGACGAGAUCCUGGCCAUACGCUGUGCCGUUGCAUCCUGCGAAGCCGCGAUCUGCGAGAUGCGCCAGGCUCUGUGCGACGGAGCCACCGAAAACGACGUCUGGGCUGCUCUGCAUGCCGGCAAUAUUCGACGAGGGGGCGAGUGGAUUGAGACUCGCAUUCUCAGCUCGGGACCACGCACCAAUCCUUGGUUCCAGGAAUGCGGACCGCGUAUCAUUCGCGACGGAGAGCUGGUGAGCUUCGAUACGGACCUCAUCGGUGUAUAUGGAAUGUGCGUGGACAUGUCGCGCAGCUGGAUCUGCGGCGACCUCGAGCCCACCGCAGAGCAGAAACGCCUGUAUCGCAUCGCCCACGAACACAUCAUUACCAACACCGAGAUGGUCAAGCCAGGGGUACGCUUUGCGGAGCUGUCGCGCAACGGGCACCGUCUGCCUGAAAGCUGCCGCGCUCAGCGCUAUAGCAUGAUGUUCCAUGGCGUGGGCCUAUGCGACGAGUACCCGACCAUCCGCUAUCCGGAAGACCUGGAGGCCUUUGGCUACGACGGCGAGCUGCAGGCGGGCAUGGUGUUGUCAGUCGAGGCGUAUGUUGGUGAAGUCGGCGGCAAGGAUGGCAUCAAGCUGGAGAACCAACUGCUGGUGACCGAGACAGGCUAUGAGCUUCUGACUCACUAUCCAUUCGAAGAGAGCUUUCUGCAGGACUGA